AUGUCUUACGAAAGGAGUUCCGUUUCUGUACUUACAUUAACUUGCAUUCAACCAAUUUUAACAAUACGAAUGUUGAGCUCAUUCCCCCUCCACGUUAAGAACUGCAUUUUCGUUGGGUUCACCACAGUUUACAUGCUUACAAUGACUGCAGCUUCUGCUAAGAAAUCCUCGAAGAUGGCGCCCCAGAAGUCUCCUCAUCCGGCAACCAGUGAAAUGGUAAUCGCUGCCAUCAAAACCCUGAACGAGAAGAAAGGCUCGUCGCUCCACGCCAUCAAGAAGUACAUCGCCGCGACGUAUGUAGUGGAUGCCAAAAAGUUGGCGCCCUUCAUCAAGAAGUACUUAAGAAACUCCGUCGAGAAGAAGACCAUCGUUCAAACCAGUGGUGUUGGCGCGUCCGGUCGCUUCAAGAAGCCUGUUGCGAUCAAACCAGAUGUCAAAAAGGUCGAGAAAAAUGCCGCGAAGUCAACAGCGACCAAACCAGAUGGUAAAAAGGUCAAGAAAAGUGCCGCAAAGUCAAUAGCGACCAAAUCUGGUGGUAAAAAGGUCCAAAAAAGUGCCGCGAAGUCAAUUGCGACCAAAUCUGGUGGGAAGGUCACCAAGAAAAGAACUGGAAAGUCUAUCAACAAGUCGCUUGCCAAACCAAAAGCUAAUAAACUAGUGAAAUCUGCGAAAACGAAGAAGUUGCCGGCAACUGCCAAAGUAGCAAAGCCGAAAUUAGCCAAGAAGUGA